AUGGAGACAGAUCAAACAAGGCGAUUCGCAAGAUAUGAAUUAUUCAUAGGAGAAGGCUCGUCAAAAAAAGUUUAUAGGGGGUUCGAUAAGCGUUAUGGUACUGAAAUAGCUUGGAGUAAGGUGAGGUUACCACCAGGAAAAGAAGCGUCUAUGGAAAAUCUUGAGGAAUUAUGUGCCAAACCUGAAUUAUUGAGGUCGUUAGACCACGAAAACAUUACGAAAUGCUACCAUUAUUGGAUUGAUGAUAGCCAGAAAGUUGUCAACAUGAUUACUGAGAAUUUGAGCAUAAACCUCAUGACGACAGUAGCACACCUUCAAUUGCUGUGGAAGAUUGGUGUCUGCAGGAUUUAUUUUCCGAGGAAACGUCUAGGAUGA